AUGGCCUCCAACCCCCUCCUCCCUCCCCUCAAGGGAGUGUCGGCUUCGUCGUUCUACAUCCCCUCCGCCAACGAGGCGCACACCUUCCACCCCCACGAGACCGUCCAGACCGCCAUGCGCGUCACCAUCGAGUCCGCCGGUGUCGGUCUCCUUGUUAGCGCCGUCCAGAACGCCCUCGACAAGCACAACCGGGGAGCUAUGGGUAUCUUCACCAGGACCGGCGGCACCAUCGGCCUCUUCGUCCUUCGUCGCCAACACCCGUCAGGUGCGAUAACAGGAAGAGGUUCGAGUACUAACUCACAGACCGACGACUGGGCUAACGGAGCCGCUGGUGGUUGCGCUGCUGGAUUCACUGCUGGUGUCAAGGCCCGCUCUCUCCCCAUGGCCAUCGGAGCUUGCGCCGGAAUGGCUACCCUCAUCGGCACCUUCGAGGCCGCCGGAAGCAACCUCACUGGUGACAACCGCCAGAACCUGCCGCGCGAGGAGCGGGAACAGCGACGACUCCACUUCUUCAAGAAGCCCCAGACCGAGGAGGCCUCCUCAUAA